AUUUUAUUUUGUUGCGUUGAAGUGGAAUCUCCUGCACUAGCCGCUUCUGCAAAGUUCAAAAUUUGCGAAACCAAAAACCUUUUCCCUCCCUUCUUCAGAACCCUCAAAUCCGUUUCGCCGCCGAUUGCGAUCCAUGAUUUCCGAACCGGCCGGUUCUCUCAGAAACCGGGACGUCCAAAACCGACGCCUCAGCAUCAUCGAUGUUUCUUCCGCCGAUGAUUCGCUUCUCGAUCCUCUCCCUGGAAACCCUCUCAACCAUAAACUCUCAGAAAACCAAGAGCAUGCAAACUUGUUAUACACUCCGAACUCGAAGAAGUUCGAAGACGCUGCCACCAAACUGGAACAGUGGGAGCACGAGACUCGUUCGAACGAGACAUCUGAAAUUGGAAAACCUAAGAAGAACAGCAAGUGCAAUUUGCGCAAGAGUUUAGCCUGGGACAGUGCUUUUUUCACUAGCGCUGGGGUUUUGGAUCCUGAGGAGUUGACUAGUAUAAUUGAAGGUGUUGAGAAGGAUGAAAUGCAUGCAUUACCGGAUAUUGAAGAGGAUGUGUACAAGUCGUGUGAAUCUAUGUCUACGUUAGCGAGUGAUAGCUUGACAUUGGAAAGUGUAGAGAUUGAGGGUGAUUUAUUUGAGGAUGUAAGAGCCUCAAUUCAGAAAUCUAGCAACAAGUCCAAGACCAACCCCGCAAGUGCAAACACAAAAGUGCCCUCUUCGUCUGGUGUCCCGCGAUUCCAAGCUCAUGGCUCUUCAAAAAAGGUUGGCAUGGUUUCUCACAACAAGAUGAAGGCCCCACUUGCUUCUAAGAAUCCAAGUUCUGGCAUACAUGGAUUUGGGAAGACAACAAAAAAGAAUAAUCCUGUUUUUCCACAACUUCCACAGCCUGUUGCCACAAGGAGAGAGUCAUCUAUUUUAAAGCCAACAAAGGUACCAGGAAAGCCUAGUCCAAGUUCCACAAUUUCAUCUAAAAGAGUAUCGCUUGGUGACCUACAUGUCAAAAAUGAAAAGGAGAAGGCAAAACGAAUAAUUGAUAGAGCCAGUUCAGUGUCAAAACCAUCUGUUGUUGGAGGUUCACGAGCUACUGUGCCUAAGCCCACACUAUCAUCCAAAUCCCCUUGUCCAUCAGUAUCAACCAAAACAAAAUCAGUAACUUCUGUUUCUUCUGCUGUCAGAACACCAUCAAGAAUUGCUUCAAGAAAUAAAGCUGAACCUGGGAAUUCUAGUCUCUCAAGCUUGAUGUCUGCCACAAAGCUCUCCUCUAGUAUUUCACCUGCUAGCUCUAUCAGUGACUGGUCUUCAGAGUCAUCCUCAUCAACUUCCAUGGCUAAACGUAUGUGUAAUAGUUCAAGGUCCAGCCUUGAUAGUGGCUCAAGCAGAAAGGUUGUAUCAGACACUGAUGCAGAUCAAGGUACGAAUUCUCAGAUUCCUCAGAGUGAUUCAAGCUUGGAUAGGCAGGAGGUUCAACAGGCUGGGUUUAUUAGUCAAAAUGCAGGGAAUGCUCCUGGAGUGACAGUUCUUCCUCCAGCUCCCAAGAAACCUUCAGGCCUUCGACUGCCUUCACCAAAGAUUGGUUUCUUUGAUGGGGUGAAGCCCUUAGUGCGCACUCCUCGUGGGGGACUGCAAACACACUCUGUUAUACCUGGUGGCUUGCCAAAACAUGGUGCAGAAAGUCCAAGUGAGGGCCAAAACAAAGCAAAAAAGCUGCAACCAUCUAGAUCUAUAGCAUCAAUUGAAAAUACAAAACCCAAUAACCAGAAUCCAAAUCCUUUUCAUAAAGCAUUAGAUGUUACAGUUAAGACAUCUAGUGCUGUUCAGAAUAUCAAAAGCUCUCCUGACAUACUCAUGGGCGCUGUUGAAAAUACUUCACCCUUCUACGUAGUGGAGAAAGCUCAUCAUGAUUUGUUACCACUUAAGGGUGUCAAUAACCAGGAAAUUUCUCACCAUGAUAAUCAAAUUGAUUAUUUGAGCGAACAAGUUGGACGUGUAGACAUAAAUUUCGAGACACAAGAAAAGUUUAAUGGUGAUUCCCUUUCUUUCUUGCACAUUGAUGUCAGUUCCCAAGAUAAAUCCAUUGGUCCGGAGUUAUCCAGUCACAAAGACCUUAUUGAUUGUCCUAAGAAAGAGGAAUUAUUGAAGGGUUCUUCUGCAUGUCUAUCCGUCUCCCCAACCAGCUUUGAUAUAGCAGCUUCAACAAGGAGACCCUUUGCAGUCAAAGAUUCCUUUUGCAACAUGGAUGGGAUUGUUUUCACAGAAUCAACGGUCUCAGAGGUAAAACCGACCAACUUUCCUGUGCCUGAUAGCAUUAUUAUGAAAGAAAACGAGUGAGAUGAUUUAAAUAAGUUGAACUACAUAUUCCUUGAGUUUGCUGCUUUGUGCUAAAAGUGCAAUUGUAGAAGUCUUUAUCUUGAUGUACUCUGUCCAAGUCAUGAAUAGAAAGUCUUAAAUCAUUUUUGAAGUACU